AUGGAAUUUCAAGCUAUAAUAUGCUGCGGGAAAGGGGCCAGACUUUCACCAAUCUCCGCAAUAAAGCCCACUGGUGUUCCCAAGCCGCUUCUACCAGUCGCCCAAAAGCCUAUGAUUGAAUAUGCUCUUGAAUGGUGUGACAAGGCCCCAUUUAAGGAAGUUAUCGUAGUUACGGACUCGUCAUCUUUUAACCAAGUAAACCAAGUGGUGAAGAACUAUGCCAAGAACAGAAAUAAGGAUAUUGUACCAUUUACAUCAGUUGAAUGUUUAAGCAUGGACGCGGAAACUACAGGUGAGGUUAUUCAUCUGUUGAGAGAUAGACUGACCAGUGACUUCGUCCUUUUACCUUGCGAUUUCAUUACAGAUUUGCCGCCUCAGGUGCUCAUCGAAGCUUAUAGAAACAGGGCAGAUUCGGACAUUGCUAUGGCAUUCUACCACCACAACCCUUUUGAGAAUGUUGAAAAGACAUUUUUGAAAACUAACUAUACCAUAUAUUCGGAAGAAGAAGACGGUCAUUUUUCCCUGUUGGACCUGCACUCCAAGACCUCAGUGGAACUGAAUAAGGCGUUGGAAAUACGCACACAUAUGGCAUGGCGUUACCCCCGAGCAAUUGUAUCUAGUAAGCUCCUGGAAUCCUUCAUCUACUUUUGCUCUCAUAAAAUUAUGCAAAUCUCAGAGGGUGGUAUUUCUGCCUCAAAAUCAUCAACCAAAAUUAUGAGAGACUUUGCAAGAAGAUCAUGGAGACACAGACAAACAAGGGAAACAGUUGGGAUGUUCAUCAUGCCCAGGGAAGCUACGUUUGCAAGAUGUAAUAACAUACCUGUAUAUACCGAGGCUAACCGUUGGUUUAUGAAAUUACAAGCAAAGAACAACCAAGGUGCUCAAGUUUCCAAAGAGAAAGGUGCUGCUGUAAUUGGCGCCGAUGCUUCAGUCGGCAACAACACUGAGAUCGGUGAAAGGACUAACGUGAAGCGUUCCGUGGUCGGAAAUAACUGCAAGGUCGGAAUGCGUUGUAGACUCACGGGAUGUAUCAUUUUAGAUAACGUCACCAUUGCAGAUGAUGUUACAUUAGAAAACUGCAUUGUGGGACUAGGUGCCACAGUCAAUACGAAAGCUAGAUUGACAAAUUGUAACAUAGAGGGUGGAUUUGUUGCUCCUAAAGGUUUGCAAGCCAAGGGAGAGAAUCUGAUGAGUUUGAGUUUGGAUGGAUUGAUUCACGAGGAAGCUCUCUCAGAGAGCGGUUACUCUGACCUGUACAGUGAUGAUGAUGGCGAUGAAGCUAUGGACGACGAGGAGGAAGAAGAAUACGAAGAUGAGUUCAGUGAAGAUGACGGACUGUUUGACCGUUAA